AUGAAGAAGUGUGAACACUUGAAACGUCUCUAUCGCCCUCUGGUGUCUGGCUGGAGUAUAGGUCCUAAACCCCACCUCCUCCAUGUUAGCGGAUGGGACUGGGGUCAGGCUGAUAUAAAACAAUUCUCCUCAGAUAAUUUUUUCCAAAAAUUCUUUCUUACAUUAUCAGUAGUUCUCAUCGCACUGAUUUGUGUUCAGUUGGUCUCCUGUCUAUUAAGUUUGAUUCUAGUUAAACUUAUAAUGCUGUUAAAAAUCAUCACAACACUUCUGUCGCAGCUGCAGUCACGGAUAAACUUGCGUCUCUCUGUUUGGGAGAAGCACAAGCUGAAGUCUAAGAAGAAGACUCCAAUCUGGAUCACUGCGUGCAACCAGACGUCACACCGGUCAUGUGACCUCACACGGUUCAACCUGUCAUUCAUGGGCGACUCCGUGCUCCGGGUGCGAGCCACCGUGGACGGGCAGCACUCGGAGUGGGUGCAGAAGACGUUCUGCCCCUAUGAGGAGGCCUUCAUCGGUCCACCUGAUGUGACUCUUAAUGUCACUGGGACAUCUUUGGAAGUCAGCAUUAAAGACCCAGUGUUCAAGCAUUCAGAACUGAGGGAGACGUACACCUCGGCCACCUAUAACAUCACCUACUGGAAGAGCAGCUCGAAGGAAGAGGUAAAAAAGAUCCUUGAAACGAAGCAGGACCAAGUGGUUCUUAGUGACCUGGACCCGAUGAGCAAAUACUGCGUCCAAGUCCAGAUCAUCUAUGACAUGAACCCCAGACCGGGCGAGUACAGCGACGUCGUCUGUGAGCGCACCGGUGACGUGGAUGCAGCUCCGUGGGUGGCGGCCGUGGUGGCAUUUGUGGUCAUGGCUGUGGUGGUGGCUCUGGUGGUGACUCUGGUGGUCUACUGGAAACAAAUCUCCAAGUUCCUGUGCCCAGAAGUCGUGCUGCCGCCACACUUUAAAGAGGUGUGUGUCCUGCCCCCUCCGUCUCUGCUGCCUUUCAACCCCUUCAUCUACCCAGUCUCGCUGCCCCCUGAGCACUGCGACCAGGUCAGCAUCAUAGCAGACCACAGGACUGAGGAGGAGGAGGAAGGAGGGUGCAGCACAACCUGA